CAGAUCCUAACAUGUACCUUUCCAUUUACCUAGUUUUGGCAAUUCGUCUAGCAGAUACCGCUCGCAUUUUGGGCGUCUGCCCAAUCCCCUCUUACAGCCAUUUUGUGUUGAGUAACCGUAUCUUUAAGGAGUUAGCGAGAAGAGGUCACGAUGUAACAGUCAUAUCGGCGUAUUCCAAUGAUGCACCAAUGGACAACUUUAGAGAAGUGCUAGUGACGGAUGCCCUUGAUAAGAUGAAAGCUGUCGCAAAAACCUUUUACGAUCAAAGCGAUAGCAACAUCAUUAGUAAGGUCAUGUGGAUGGAUAAGAUUACAGUAGAGAUGUCAGAGUUUGGACUGAAUAAUUCAAACGUAACCAAAUUUUUACGCGAACAUGGUCACUUUGACGUCGUUAUAACGCACCAGUUAAAGACCGAUUCCUACUACGGAUUUUGCCACCAUUUUAAAGCACCUUGCAUAGCUCUUAGUCCCAUGUCAUCAAUCACCUGGAUUAGUGGCUCAAUUGGCAAUCCAGCUCCCCCGUCCUUCGUCCCGCAACUAGUCUUGGGUUAUACAAGUGUCAUGAAUGUUUGGCAAAGGGUGCACAACACCGUGAUUUACGCGGUGGUUCACCUGAGUUACUACCUCUACAGCUACCCUAAUCACCAGGACUUGUUGCAGAAAUACUUUCCAGGAGCUCCUCCUCUGCGCGAACUAUAUUACAACAUUUCCCUAGUACUAUUCAACGGUCACAUGAGUAUCGGCGACGUAGCACCACUAUUACCGAAUGCAAUUGAUAUCGCCGGAUACCACGUCUACCCUCCGAAAGCGCUACCAGAAGAUCUUCGGCAUUUUCUGGAUAGUGCAAGAGAUGGUGUUAUUUACUUUAGCAUGGGCUCCAAUCUUAAAGGCGCAGACUUUUCGAAAGAGAAAAAGGACGCCGUUCUCACCGCGUUCUCAAAGUUGAACCACACAGUUUUAUGGAAGUGGGAGAACGGAACCAUUCCAGGCCAACCGAAAAACGUUUUGGUGCGCCCGUGGUUUCCGCAACAGGACAUCUUAGCACAUCCAAACGUUGUCCUUGUCGUUACUCACGGUGGACUUUUAAGCACCAUCGAGUCAGUUUACCAUGGAAAACCACUGCUGGGGCUGCCAGUGUUUGCCGAUCAAGGACUCAACAUGGCAAUGGCUCAAGAGGCGGGUUACGGGAGAUACAUCCAGUUUCAGGAUUUAAACGUGGAGAAUUUUGGCAGUGAACUACGCGAGAUGCUCUACAAUCCCAGUUACGGUCGUGUCGCCAAAAUGAGAUCUAAAAUUAUGCACGACCAACCGCUGUCGCCCCUGGAGAAGUCAAUGUAUUGGAUAGAAUAUGUUUUACGUCAUAAAGGAGCUCCGCAUUUGAAAUCGUCUGCGAUGACGUUAAAUUGGUAUCAGUAUUUGCUCUGGGAUGGGAUUUUCGUUGGAUUGGGUGCGCUUCUACUGGUUGUGGUUUUAAUUAGAAUGCUAAGUAAGGUUUUUUGGGGUUUGGGCGAUAUAAGUAUGAAGAAAAAACGUGAUUAACUACUGUUAACGGAUUAAUGUACUUACCUUAGCAAAAGUAAUGCAGUAAAUAUCACUUCUGCCAAAAUUCCGUGAUACUCACUCUGUAAUUGGGCGCAAGCCUGUUGAGGGAACA